AUGGCUCUCCCCCGCCCCGCCCUCCUCCUCGCCGUCCUUCUCCUCCUCCUCCUAUCGGUGGCCUGCGCAGCCCACUCCGCGCCCCUCGAUGCGGACUGGGGCCUCGCACGCCUCGACUUCGAAGAUGACGAGCUCACGCAGGCGUGCGACGGGACGGUCGGCGAGUGCGCCGACAAAGACGACGAGGACGGCAGCGCGGAAGCAGAGUACGUCGACACCCGCCGUGGCCUCGCUGCCGCCUACCCGGGCCGCACGAGGUUCAUCAGCUACGGCGCACUGAUGAAGAACCGAGUACCCUGCAGCCGCCGCGGCCAAUCCUACUACAACUGCCGCCGCCGGCGCCGCGCCAACCCGUACCACCGCGGGUGCAGCAUCAUCACCAGGUGCGCCCGGAUUCUCCGGUGA